AUGAAAUUGAAGUCUAAGAAAGGAUGGAAAUCCAUUGUACCUCUUCAUUUAAAAGGAAAGUCUGUGACUCGUUUUUCGUUAUUUCGCAAAGUAAAUUCAGCUAGCCAUGGACCCGGAAAAACUCCUGUUUAUCUUAAUGUGUAUGACUUGACACCAAUGAAUGGUUAUGUGUAUUGGGCCGGUCUUGGUAUAUAUCACUCUGGUAUCGAAGUUCAUGGUGUAGAAUAUGCAUUUGGAGCUCAUGACUACUCAACAAGCGGUGUUUUUGAGGUCGAACCUCGGCAAUGUCCAGGCUUCAAGUUCAGAAAGUCGAUAUUCAUAGGAACUACAUCAUUAGAUCCUGUUCAAGUUAGGGAGUUCAUGGAAUGUGAGUCAGCAAGCUACAACGGCGACACAUAUCACUUAAUUGCUAAGAACUGCAAUCACUUCUGCAAAGACAUAUGCUACAAGUUGACAGGAAAAUCAAUUCCAACUUGGGUAAAUCGGCUUGCCAGACUAGGUUCGAUUUGCAACUGCGUUCUACCUGAAGCGUUAAGAAUUUCUGCGGUAGGGCAUGAUCCUAACUAUGAAGCUCAUGAUAGUGAAAAGAGAAAGCUAAGAAGUGCUUUCAGUUCGUUGUCUUCGAUCUCAAUGCGUCAAAAGCAGUUAUCUAAAUCUUCGUUGUUUCUACAAUCGCCCUUAAGAGGUUGCUUAUCGUCGAAGUGGCCAUCAUGGGAAUUGAGCAAGUCUAUUAAUCGAUCGGUCAAAGAAAGGUAA